CCAUAGUCAUGAGAAGGUGUGCCAAGGAUAUUCAUCCUUGUGGUGAUUCAUGGUCAUCAGUGAAGGGAAAAAGAAAACACAGAAGGAGACAUCAUCAGUUGGGGAAUCUUCUAACCAUCUAUCUACUAGUGAAGAUCAAGCGAAUUCAAGCCAAACAACUGUUUCAUUGGCAUUGGACUAUCAAAUAGUCAUUCCAUGCAAUCAUCACACAUCCUCAGCUAUGACUAAAACUCUAUCAGCCACAACUGAUAGUCAUCUUUCAGCCAAUGGUAGUCAUACUUUAUUCAUGGACACCUACCAACCUUCUUCUCCUGAAGAUGAAGCAAAUGCUACAGUUUCAUUGGCAUCGGAUCAAGAUAUCAUUCCAUCCAAUCUCACAACUUCAACAAUGACUGAUAGUCACCCUCCAGCCAAGAUUGGUCAUGCUUUAUCCAUGGACCACUCCAACCAACCACCAACUCUUCUUGAAGAUCAAGCCAAUUCAAGCCAAACAACAGUUUCAUUGGCAUCAGAUAAUGGAGAUAUCAGUCCAUCCAAUCUCACAACUUCAACAAUGACUGAUAGUCACCCUCCAGCCAAGGUUGGUCAUGCUCUUUCCAUGGACCACUCCAAUCAACCACCAACUCCUCUUGAAGCCAAUUCAAGCCAAACAACAGUUUCAUUGGCAUCAGACAAUGGAGAUAUCAGUCCAUCCAGUCAUCACACUGCCUCAUCCAAGAAUGACCUUCAAGCCAAGACUGAUCACCUUCCAGCCAAGAUUUAUAAUGAGCUUGCAACCAAUGAUACUCCUUUUGUAGAACCCUCUGGCCGAUUAAAUUAUUGUCUAUACUGCGAAGAGAAGCAACGUUAUAUCAAACGGCACUGUGAAAGGAAACACUGUGAUGAACUUCUUGUUGCAGAAGCAAUAUCUUCCAAGAUUACCAACCCUUUACACGCUGCAUACAUAUGGGAACAGAUUAGGAAGAGGGGGAAUUUCCUUCACAAUCAAGCUGUUCACAAUGGUAUAAAGCCCGAUCUUAUCGUGAAAAAAACGCGUGCCAAAGGAGAUAAAAUUCCUAUCGAUGAAUUUGUACCUUGUGAAUAUUGUUUUGCAUAUGUCAAGGCAGCCUCGCUGCAGGAGCAUAAACGUAAGUGCAAGAACACAACCAGUGAUGGACCCGCAAGGUCAAGAUCCCUUCCAGGAACAAAAGGGAAGCCACCAAAGAAUACAUGUAUCAGAUCGUCGGAGAGAAUCAAAGCACUCAAAAGUUCAACACAGUCAAGUAGGAUUCCCUGUAAAUCAUCAGAGUCAGUGAAAGACUAUGAAUGCAAAGUAUCAGGUCAAGAGACUUCUCCCAAGAGAAUUCGGAGGGUCAGAGGUUCUAUCGUACCUUUGCAGAAAACAAACAGAGAUGGAAUCUCAAGGUCAAGAUCACUUUCAGAAACAAAAAGGAGACCGCCAAAGAAUAGAAGAUCAUCAGAGAGAUUGAAAGAACUCGGACCUUCUACCACAUCUACACAGUCAGCUCUGAUUCCCUGCAAAUUGUUUGAGUCAGUGAAAGCAAAGAAAAGCCAAAUGUAUUGUCUCUACUGUGAAAAACCGAUUUAUAGAGGAGUUAAAGAUCAUUGUGAGCGGAAACACUCCAGUGAAGUUCUAGUGGUAGAGGCAAUGUCUUCCAUGAAGACCAAUCCUUCGCACUCGUGGCUCAUCUGGGAUCUGAUUAAGCACAAGGGAAAUUUCAGACAUUAUCAAGCUGUGCGCUAUGGCAUGAAGACCGUCCUCGUAGUGAAAGAAAACCCUGAGAAAGGAAAAGUUCCAAUCACUGACAUUGUGCUUUGUGUGGCAGACACGAAACAGACAUGACAACUCCCACCCAAUAGGCUUUAUAAACUACUGCAUCAUAUGCUCUUCCACAGUUUCCCAAAUCUCUUUCUUCUGCCAACAUCACAGGCAUUUUACACAACACCAGGAGUCUGUCACCCAAAGCUUACAAUUGAUCUCACACUUUUUUUCAUGUAUGAUUGUAACUUGUGGUUAUUGCAGUCAGUCAUAAAAAAAUUGUUCUAUGAUCAUUACUACGCUUUGUGUAACCGGGCUCAGGUGAGCACCCCUAGUAACAGUUCAUCUGCCUGAAAAUGUCACUCACAUUGCUGGUCUCUGGACCUAGCAUCUAGUUGCAUGCAUCAAGGAAAACUGACUCUUUAGGAGCAUAAAGGAACGUUUAUAUAUUGUAGCUAUUGUAGGAAAGAAAAAAAGACUGGUCUACCAGAUCAAAACCCCUUUCAGAAGCGUUGAAACUGCUGCCAUUGAUUGGGAAGUCAUCAGACUGAGAGAUUGAAGAUGGUCAGAGGAGCAACAUAAUCUCCACUGUGAAGUAUACUCCUCUUCAAGUCAAUAGAUCAGUGAAAACUAUUAUCAGGGACUUCUCGAAACUGAUGGGUACAGAUUCAAGAACACAAUAAUUGGAGGUCUUUGUCGAAAAUUGGUGAACAAGAACAGCAGUUUUGUCCUCAGUUAGUUUUGGAGCCGACGGGAAAUUGCAAAUAUAUUAUUUGUCUAUAGUCCAGAACAAAACUGCUAUUUUGAUUCACUACUUUUAUACUAAGACAUAUUGGUUGUGUUUUGUCCUGAAGGGCAUUCGACAAUACAUUACAUUAUCUAUGUUCUUGAAUCCGUUGUGUGUAGUGGAAGCAAAAUUCGCUAAUACCGUACGAAUCAAGCAAUAUGUCAAAAGAAGAUUAAUGAGAGCAAUUGACUUCAGGAGAAAUUGUGGUUUAUAUCCUGCUUGGUCUAUAAGCAGUUGGUCUACUUCUCAGAAAGUCUAAUACCAAAUGCACCAAACCCAUUGGCCCGUAUUCUGAAGUCGGGUUUGAAUUAAACUCAGGUUUAAAGUUGUGGUUUAAGUAUGGAUAGCCAAUUGUUACAUAAAUCACUAA